CGCUCCAGGAAUUAUUUGGUUUCGUGUUUCCGCUGCUCCCGUUCCGCUGGACGGCCGGUUGGGAACAUUGCAAGUCAAAUUUCACCUGUGUUCAUGAGCGAUGUAUCCCGCAGUUACAGACAUGGAUGCGGUGCACAGUGGCACCGGUGUCUUCUACCAGGCAAUGCCUGCUGUUGGAGCCGAUGGAAAGAACAUCAUGAAACUGAUUCCUGUACAAAUAGACAAUGGACAGUUUUUCCAAACUCAAAUAAGCAAACCCAGAAUGGAUCCUGCGCCACAUAAAGCUGCAACAAUAAAUAUAGCCUCAGCACCUGUGCACAUAGUAAAAAAGGCAGCAUUCAAUCCUUUUGCCACUCAGCAGGUUUGCAGGAAACCGGUUUCCUUUGUGAAUGCCUCGUCUAAUCACAUAGAUCUGUAUCCUCGUAAUUCACUAAACAAGCAUCCACUACAGCAACAGGCUGUAAAAUUAAUGGCCAAAUUACCUCCAAUGGCAACACCUGCAACAAACUGUGAGAAGUCAGUGAGACUUCCAAGCCAGCUCCCAGUGACGGUGAAAUCUCCAGCACUCCCCAUAGGACAGUACCUCCAGAUUCCCCCCAAUGCACAAGUCCGAACAGUCCCAGUAUCUGAACUCCCUCCAGUUAUCAAGAAACAGAUUUUUACUUCACCAGUCAGCUCCUCUCCAGGUUCAGGCUUGCCCAAUGUGGUUUACGUGUCACCUAUCACAACAGUGAAUCAAAGCGUUACUCCACCAAGUGAUUCUGCACCUCGCCCACUAAAGCUGCUUUCCAGGACAUCAAGUAAAACAUCAUGUGGACUCCCAUCGAAAGGAUCAAAACCACAUUUAAAACUGAUACCAAAGUUUUCACAGAGGCCCAACAGCCCCAUAAAGUGGAUAAUUGAAGAAGAGGACAGCUCAUCGCCUCCCACUCUUGAUCCUCUCAGUUCUCCUUCUGUCACUUCAGAGAUUCUUUGGGCUGUUGCAGAGAGAGAAAAUGCCAGCAAGCACUGUGAUGUUAUUACAAAACAAGUAUCUCAGUCGAGUCUGGGAGAAGGUGGACAAGGGCAGGAAAACGCCUUGGUCAUGUGCAACGGGAAGGUGUUUUUUGUUUCAAAAAAGCGCAACCUGACACUUGAAAUGGGAGAAAGCGACCGACCAACACUAUCACCAAAAUGUUAUGAAUUCAACAAAACCAUGGUAUCUUCAUCCCAACAAUCACCUGAGCCGGUGGCACCUGAAAUAGAGCAGGACCUCAAGAUUAUCAUUCCAGACGAGUCAGAGGAAGUGAUUGACCUUUGUGAUGAUGAUGCUCAGGAUGACCCGUCUCAACAAGCAGCAUCAGUUAAUACGACAGCUCAGGUAGAUGAAGACAAUGUCAUAUUUGUUUCUUAUAUUCCGCCCAAAUCUGAGUCAGCACAAGAUCUGAUACUAAAAACACAAAGCGCACUUGUGAAGCAGAAGGGCACGAGCAGCUCAAACAGGGUGACGGAACAAAAGAGUCUGGAUGGUACAACUGGCAGCGAUGGCAGAGAUGAAGUCUCCCCUCAUAGAGGAAGAAAACCUGGCCAGAGCACGUUAGUCAGCACAGAUGAAAAUCAUACACACAUUGGUGGUUCAGCAGUGGUCAACAUGCCUGAUAAUGAGGGCUCAGACAUCAACAGUCAGCAGGGCAACCCCACCCAACAGCUGGACAGCAUGGAAGUUAAUGUAGAAACAGAACGUCCAGCUGAUCCCAGCAGUGGAAUAUGCUCAGGAAUAGAGAAGAACACCCACAAAACGGAGAGCUCUAUAAAUUCUGUAACAAGUUGGACAUCUUUACCAGCACCAAAACCCUGUCAAAUGUCCGACCAUCUGCUGCGGCGGAUGUUUAGGAUAACAGCUGAUGCGAGAAUUUGCCUGCAGAGGAUUGAUGAAGCCCCAAGCUGGUUGAAAGAGAAAGAACUUUUUUUACAGGACGUUUACAGUCUGCAAGAAACUGACAGCGACAAGUUAGGUCUCAAUAAUGUCAGACGAUGGAAAGUGCUGACUGGACAGGAAGUGUCAGCAGACCCUCACACACAUACUGGACCUCUCAAAUGCUCACACUUUAAACUAAACACAAAACCUCUGUCUGCUUUGAAAUGCCAUUCAGGCCAGAAUUCACUCAAGGGAACGUCACAUGAUGUUGAAACUGAGCUAGUGAUUGGCUACGUGGAACCCAUAGACGAGGAUUUCCUCAGCACAGACGAAAACGUCAUCCCCAGCUCACAGGACACAGACGCUCGGCCACAGACUGCGACUUGUGUGGAUCUGAACACGAACACAAGAAGGGUGGGAAGAACAAGGAAGCGCACAAUGUGUCCAUGUUGCAUCCCCGGUACUCAAUAUCCUGCAGUGAAGUCCAGCACCAAGUCAAUAGAGCCAGAAAAGUGGGCACGGACGACAGAGCAGACGAGUAGAAAAGGCGGAAAGCAAGAGAGAAGAGCUUCUGAUGGAGGGAGAGGCAGCUUUAGAACUGAUGAGACACAGCAAAGAUAAUAAGAAAAUCCAAUAUUUCAGACUUUAAUAUUCUAACAUAGAUUUUGUUACAAAGGUAAUGGAUUUAUUUUAGUAUCUAAACUGUCAUUGCUACUAUUUAUGUUAUUAGAAUUAACAAGGACUAACACAAGUGCUGGCUGGAAUAUGAAUGACUCUAGUUUCACAGAGCUUGAAUUGAAAUUCAGUUAUCUGAAUUGUCGGUGUAAAAAAUGUUUUAUCUUAAAUAUGAUUUUGACAGGUCUCAUUUGAUUGGAUUAUUGAAGUCAACUUAAGUUGUAUAAAGUUGCAUUUUUCAGUC